UCAAAAACUGUGGGUGAAAAAUCUUGAAUGUCAGCCUCGGAUUUUUCAAUUUGACGCUUCUCGGACAAUGGUUUUUAUCGUUUGUCAGAUUGUGUGUGGGCCCACGGUAUUAAAAUCUUGGCAGGGCAUCAAUAUACCGAGUAAUAUAUAUUACCCUUCGCGAGCUGUUUGAGAACUUUUCUAGUUUUAGUAGCCUAUAUCUCUGUUGCCGUUCGUCUUUUCACUAAAAAUAUAAAAUAUAAAAUCCCCUACUCACCAAUAUUUUAGAAGUUUGAAUCAUGUAAAACAAUUUAUUAAUUUUAAGUGGCCUUAAAUGUCGUUUUCCCCGUAAUGACUACCUCGAAAAAUGUACCUGUUUGAUCACACCAGAACUCUAAUCUUUCGAAUACUCUUUAAACUAACAAAUUCGGUAUGUACCCUGCAGUGAACGGGAACACGCUGGUAUUGGAGUAACCCUGUUAUAGAACAGCCAUUUCACCGCGCUACUAGAAAAUAGAACCUGAAUUAGUUAGCAAUGCAAGUGUUUAAAGUCUGAAACGGUAACGUUUUCAAUGGGUGUGUGUGUGUGUGUGUGUGUGUGUGUUUCCCUUAAGUGGAAUUUGGCAAAAAUCCGGAAGAAUGAGUCGGUGCACGCAAGGUGUUUAUUUUGGUUCAUUUCACGUGCGUAUAGCGACAGAAACAGCUCCGCGCUCUGACCAAAUUCCGCCUGCUCCGCUCCUCGCUCACGCUCCGCUCACAUGCUCUGGUCAACAUACUAUGGUCUGUUUAGAGAUCAUCAAAAGGGAAAGAUUGUGGGAGGAAAUGCCUGCCUACAUGAGGAAUGAAAACACACACACACACACACACGGUUAGGGAUGGAACUAAUCACACAUCCCAGAAGUGUUGGCCUGCACAUUUACCACUGUACCACUCUGUACAUCUUUUUUUUUGUAAAAGAUUGUCUUGGUACACUGCAUGUGUGCGGACAUAAAGGAAUACACCAGCAACUUUGCUUUCUCAUUUGUCUACAGGAGAGACAAGUGGAGGAUGUGCAGGAGAGUGGGCCUCAUAUUCUUGCUGGCUGCAGUGGCCCUAACAAUAUUCCAGAGGAGCCGCAGUAACACGUACUUUCACAAGAGCCAGCAAACUCAGCAGCAGUUUGGGCUUCAUGGAAGCUCUCAGAGAAGGUCUCUCCGUUUUGUACCUGAGUUAUUAUGGAAUUGGGGUAGAGUAAAUUCAGUGGCUGCUACUGAGGAGUCUAGUGUGUCUGGGAGAGAUGUAAGGAGAACCUGGGACAUCACCAUUAACAACUGCAGCGCUAAUUAUAAUCUUUCAAAGUUUCAGUGGUUUAUGGAGUUGGAAAAUAACUUUAAGCAGUUCCUGCUCUACAGACACUGCAGGCAUUUCCCCAUGAUUAUCAACCAGCCGGAAAAAUGUAAAGGAGAGAUCUACCUGCUAAUUGUGGUUAAAUCCAUUAUAACGCAGCAUGAUCGCAGGGAGGUCAUCCGGAAAACUUGGGGGAGAGAGCAGGAAAUUGACGGCAAGAAAAUUAAAACAGUCUUCCUUCUGGGGACUUCAUCCAAUGAGGCAGAAAAAGCCAAUCAUCAGAAACUGCUGGAAUAUGAAAAUUAUAUCUAUGGGGACAUACUCCAGUGGGAUUUCAUGGAUAGCUUUUUCAACCUCACCCUGAAAGAAAUCCACUUUCUUAAGUGGUUUUCCAUGUACUGCACUAAGGUGCAUUACAUUUUCAAGGGGGAUGAUGAUGUGUUUGUUGGUGUGAGGAAUGUUUUGGAGUUUCUGGGAAGCAUGAACAUCAAAAACCUCUUUGCAGGAGAUGUUAUUUUGAAGGCCAAGCCCAUUAGAAAGAAAGAGAACAAAUAUUACAUCCCUGUGGCGUUGUAUGACAAGACUCUUUACCCAGCAUAUGCUGGAGGGGGUGGGUUCUUGAUGGAUGGCCCACUGGCCCGGAAACUGUAUGGUGCCUGCGAAACUUUGGACCUGUUCCCCAUUGACGAUGUCUUUCUGGGCAUGUGCCUGCAAGUGCUGCAGGUCGCACCCAUAAAGCAUAAUGCCUUCAAAACCUUUGGGCUUGUGCACGACAAGAAAAGCAAACUUAAUAGAGAACCAUGCUUCUUCAAAGACAUGAUGGUGGUGCACAAGUUACUUCCCCAGGAUCUCCUCCAGAUGUGGGAAAUGGUUAAUUCUCACCGUAUCUGCUCACAGAAUGUAAAUUUCUCAUGAUGUGGGAGACCAUAAGACUUUAAGUACACAUUGGGGUGAGGGAACAGAAAGAGACUUGCUAUUUGAGAAGUAUUUUUGGGAGAAAUCAGAAUAUGGAUGAAAUUAGGUCAGAUGAAAAUCUCUGGCUAUUUUCUUUGGAGCAGUAAUAUUUCCAUAACUUAUGUCUUACUUUCUGGAAUCAGUAAAUCUAAUUGAACUAAUUCACUGAAUGUCUUCUCCAUUUUUGAUCUGUCAAAAUCUUUUGUGCCCAAUUAAAUUGAUACAUAUAGUAAUUGUUUUUAAUACUUUGAAUGUUUAAGAAUGUAGAUGUUAGUGUAUACACUUGGAUUUGCAUUGAAGCUGACUUGAUCCUGUGAUGAAAUGUAAAGGCUUUACAUUUAUAUAGUUAAUUGUACAUUAAGGGUCACAGCAUCAUCCAGGAGACUGAGGUACCAACUAAUCAUUGAGUAUCAGUUACUCCUCAGUAAUAGAAACAAGGUGGUAAGUUGUGUAAGUGACUGACUUAUUUAAUAUCAGCGUUCCUUAAAACUAGAUUUCUUUCCUAACAAAAACAACGUGUUUAAAACUGCUGUGAAAUUGUGAAUGGUUUACAUCUGGAUCAUGAGAUCAAGUAACUAAGCAAGUGUUUUUUUUUUGUUUCUUUUAAAAGUGCCUCUACCUCAUUAAUUUAAAAAACUUUUAUUACAGUUUUUUGUAGGCCUAAUUAUUUAUGCUGCUGAAAAUCGAUUUUGAAUUACACCUGAUAACUUAUCUAAGUUUCCUUCUGCGCUCUAAUUUCUCCAAACUGUGGUAUAUAAAAGCUCCCAAGCUAUCUGGGGAGAGUUGUGUAUUUAUUUGGGAUGUUAGACUUAAAAUUUACAUGCUGAAAUUAUGCACAAGGGGGGAAAAAGGUUUACAUUAAAUAUAAAAUGAACUGUGAAUUGAAACAAAUUGCUGUUGGUACAUGUAUGAAUCUCCUUCAUUUGACAAAAUUGGAGAAAGACUUUAAUAUAUUUAAGCAAAUAAGAUGUGAAAACUAAUACAAAUUGUGCAGGGUGGUUGUGAAUGCUGCUACAUAAUGCAAGGUAUAUGGGGAAUUUUUUUUAAUUAAUUAAUUCAUUCAUUCAUUCAUUCAUUGUAAAUAAAAAUGACAUUUAUUCAGUUUUGUGUACUGAGGCUGAAAUAUUUAUUCUGUUUCUUGAGAUAUUAAAAUACGUAUGUGGAACGUGUCAAUCAUGA